UGUGUGUGUAAAUCUGAGGUAGAACUGAACUGCUUCAAAUCUUUGACAUUAAAGUUUAGAUCUUUUCUAACUGCGUCAGGAUUUGUGUUCUUGGACUUUUACUCUUUAGUAGUACUUCCAUAAAUUCCAUUCAUGCUCUCAUUAUAAUAUUCUGGUGCUUCUGGAUUUUGGCAAUUUUGACAGAAUCAUGGGUUGUUGUUGUACCAGAUUCUAUCUUGUUUUGUUUUUGUCCUUUUGUGUGGGAGUUUCUUUAGCUUCCCCAAUUGAAGAUCAAAGGAGAGAUAGGAUUACAGAGUUGCCAGGACAACCAAAGAAUGUGGGCUUUGCUCAGUAUUCUGGGUAUGUGAGUGUGAAUGAGGAGAGUGGAACUGGGAGGUCAUUGUUCUAUUGGUUGGUUGAGGCACCACUGAGUCGUGGACCAAGGUCAAGGCCACUAGUGUUGUGGCUUAAUGGUGGCCCUGGAUGUUCUUCUAUUGCUUAUGGUGCAUCUGAAGAAAUUGGCCCUUUCCACAUUAGGCCUGAUGGAAAGUCACUUUACUUGAAUCCUUAUGCUUGGAACAAUGUGGCAAAUACAUUAUUCCUUGAUUCUCCUGCUGGUGUUGGUUUUUCAUAUUCUAAUAAAACAACGGAUCUGUAUACAUUUGGUGACCAGAAAACAGCUGAGGAUACAUAUACUUUUCUUGUUAAGUGGUUUGAAAGAUUUCCUCAGUACAAGCAUAGAGAAUUUUACAUUGCUGGAGAAAGUUAUGCAGGCCAUUAUGUUCCUCAGUUGGCUCAAAUUGUAUACCAGAAAAACAAGGGAAUCAAGAAUCCAGAUAUAAAUUUUAAGGGAUUUAUGGUUGGUAAUGCUGUUACUGAUGAUUAUCAUGAUUAUGUUGGUACAUUUGAAUAUUGGUGGACCCACGGUUUGAUUUCAGAUUCCACGUAUAGGAUGCUAAAAAUUGCCUGUGACUUUGGGUCCUCCCAGCAUCCAUCAGUGCAAUGCAUGCAGGCUCUCAGAGUUGCAACUGUGGAGCAGGGAAACAUUGAUCCAUAUAGCAUAUAUACACAGCCUUGCAACAAUACAGCAUCACUCAGACGCGGCUUGAAGGGUCGCUAUCCAUGGAUGUCUCGAGCAUACGAUCCUUGUACUGAAAGGUAUUCUGAUUUGUAUUUCAAUCGUCCAGAAGUUCAGAAGGCAUUGCAUGCCAAUGUAACUGGAAUUCCUUACACAUGGAAGGCAUGCAGUGAUAUUGUAGGCAACUAUUGGACUGAUUCUCCACUAUCUAUGCUUCCAAUAUAUCAAGAACUUAUUAAUGCUGGCCUACGAAUAUGGGUAUACAGUGGAGACACUGAUGCUGUGGUUCCAGUGACUGCCACUCGAUAUUCUAUUGAUGCCUUGAAGCUACCUACCCUCAUCAAUUGGUACCCUUGGUAUGAUAAUGGCAAGGUUGGUGGCUGGAGUCAAGUUUAUAAAGGGCUAACAUUGGUUACAAUAAGAGGAGCUGGACAUGAGGUUCCUCUUCAUAGGCCCCGCCAAGCAUUUAUUCUUUUUAGCUCAUUCUUGGAGGACAAGUCCUUGCCAUCAUCAAGUUAAACACAUUUGUUCUUUUUCAUUUGAUGAAUAUUCACACAAGUAUAGAACCAUAAGUACCACCAUUCUUGCACCAUAGGCUAAGAAUAAAUGUUAUUCAUAUACAUGGAGCAGGCUGAGACAGAAUAAGGAAUGCAUUCCUCAUGAGUUCCCUCUUGGCUCUCUGCCUGGAAAAUUGAUAGAUUUACCGUUAGUAGUUCUUAUAUUUUUAAUUGUUAUUGAAAAUGUGAUUAUUUAUAUGAAAUGCUAUUCUU